AUGGCUCAACCGGCAGAGAAAGCUUUUGGUGUGACACACAUCAAAUCGUACAUUCCCUUGGUCCUUGAUAUGCAGAAGAUGAACUAUGAUGCAUGGCGUGAACUAUUUGAGACUCACUGUCUCAGCUUCAGUGUUUCUGGUCAUCUCGAUGGGACCUCGGUUCCUGCAACUCCUCAAGACACGGCCUGGAAAGAGCAUGACGGUCUGGUCAAAAUGUGGAUCUAUGGAACGAUCUCUCCUUCUCUUCUCGACACGGUCCUCAAAUCGCGUUGCACUGCUUGUGAGCUUUGGGUCACUAUCGAAAACCUGUUCCGUGAUAAUAAGGAGGCCCGAGCAAUUCAACUAGAGAACGAGCUGUGA